UGGGCGCAGUCAACGGAAACUCUCUUUUGUAUCGGACGGGUUUUCUUUUGAUUCCAAUCCAGUAGUAAUUACCAAGAAGUGUUUUAGUUCAACCCAAACCCAGUUGUUUUUUUUUUGUUUCUAUUUAUCGUAGCUUCUUUUGAGACUCGGAAAUCUGCAGAUUCUCCCUUCAUGCUUCUGCAGAUACCAAUGAUGCUUAUCAAAAAGCAGGUUGCUUGAUCAUUCAUCUCUUAGAAUUUGUCCAAUGGCUGUUACGGGAUGUGCGUACGACGUUUUUUUGAGCUUCAGGGGUAAAGACACUGGCAAGACCUUUACCGAUCACCUCUAUGUAGCUUUGGUCCAAGCAGGUUGCCACACUUUUAGAGAUGAUGAUGAAAUUGUGCGAGGAGAGGAUAUUAAAUUGGAACUGCAAAAGGCCAUUGAACAGUCAAGGAUAUCAGUAGUUGUGUUCUCAAAAACUUAUGCUUGCUCAGGAUGGUGCCUUGAUGAACUUGUGAAGAUCCUCCACCGCAAAAAGACAUCUCGGCAUGAAGUUUUACCUAUAUUCUAUGAUAUGGAUCCAUCUGACGUUAGAAAGCAGACAGGGAGUUUUGCGGAGGCAUUUACUAGACAUGAAAUGUGGUUGGGGUCAGAAACCAUUGAAAGAAACGACGAAUGGAUGAAAAAGUUGGAGCAUUGGAGGGCAGCACUCAGAGAUGUUUCAAAUUUGGCUGCGAUGGUCUUGCAAAAUGAAUUUGAUGGGCAUGAGGCAAAGUUCAUCCAGAAAAUUGUCAACGUGAUCAGAGAUAAAUUGAAUCGUAGGGACCUGAGUAUUAGCCCCUUCCUGGUAGGAAUACUUCCAGGAGUACGAAUAAUUAAUUUGUGGAUGCAAGACGGGGCGAUGGAUGCUAGUAUGAUCGCAAUAUGUGGGAUGGGUGGAAUAGGAAAGACAACCAUUGCUAAGUCUGUCUAUAAUCUAAACAGAGAAAACUUUGAUGGUAGUAGCUUUCUUGCGAAUAUCAGGCAACGUUCGCAGGAACCAAAUGGUUUAGUUAAACUGCAACAACAGCUAAUUUCCGAUAUUGGGAAAGAGCAAAAGCUGAGCUGUGUUGAUGAAGGGAUUAUUAAAAUUGCUGAUGCCAUAAGUUGUAAAAGACUUCUUCUUGUUCUUGAUGACGUGGAUCAAGUUGAUCAAUUACAUGCAGUGCUUGGAAUACAUGCAGUGCUUGGAAUGCGACGCUUGUUUAGUCCAGGAAGUAAAAUCAUUAUAACAACUAGGCACAAACGGUUGUUAAAUCCAAAUGAAGUUGAUCAUGAGGUGCACCAGCUCAGUCCUCUCAACAAUGAGGACUCACUUGAGCUCUUUAGUUUGCAUGCAUUUGGACAAGCUCAUCCCAUUGACAAUUUCUUGGAUUAUGCUAUGAGAGUAGUACAUUACUGCGGAGGACUUCCUUUAGCUCUUCAAGUUUUGGGUUCUUCUCUAUCCGGGCGAAGCGUAGACGUAUGGGUAAGUGCAUUGAAGAAAUUGGAAGCAAUUCCUGAUGGUCAAAUCCUUAGAACACUUAUGAUAAGCUACGAUUGUUUGCAAGAUGAUCAUGACAAAGAGUUGUUUCUCCACAUUGCGUGUUUCUUUGUUGGUCGGGAUAGGGAUUGGACAAUUAACAUCCUAGAUGAAUGUGGUUUAUACACAACAAUUGGCAUUGAAAAUCUGAAAGAUAGGUGCCUCCUAACAGUCGAUGGGCGUAACAACCUUGAAAUGCACAAAUUGCUUCAAGACAUGGGAAGAGAGAUUGUUCAACAGGAAUCGCCGAAGGUGCUUGGGAGCCGUACCAGAUUAUGGCGUGAUAAUGAUUCCUUUAAGGUGCUGAGAGAAAAAUCUGGCACAUACAAAAUCGAGGGCCUGAUCCUAGACAUGCAUAAGAUAGAGUCUAGUGUUGAUGGUGGAAAAAGCAACAAGGACGGAGAAACUCUGGACAAAACUUCUGCAAGAAAUUCAAACACGUCAAAACUUGUGGUGAUCGAUGCAUUUUCAGAGAUGGACAAUCUGAAACUACUCCAGCUCAACUAUGUACAGAUCAGUGGACCCUUUAAAAAGUUUCCUAACAAAUUAAGAUGGUUGUGUUGGCAUGGAUUUCCUUUAAAAACUAUACCAAGUGAUUUUCCUAUGGGCAGCUUGGUUGCUUUGGACUUGCAGUAUAGCAAUUUCAAACGAGUUUGGGAAGGAACUAAGUUUUGUAAGACAUUGAAAAUACUUGAUCUCAGUCAUUCCCAAGAGCUUACGAUAACUCCCGACUUCUCUGGAGUUCCCAAUCUUAAGGAAUUGAUUCUUGAAGAGUGUGUAAAUUUGGUUAAGAUUCAUGAAUCCAUUGAGAAGCUAGAAAGCCUCAUUCUCCUAAAUCUAGAAGAUUGUAAAAAUCUCAAGAAGCUUCCUCAUAAUAUUUGUAUGCUAAAAUCUCUUAAGACACUAAUCAUCUCUGGCUGCUCAAAUCUUGACUGGUGGCCAACAGAGGGGCGGAAAAUAGGUUCUUUGAAAGUGAUUCAUAAUUAUGAGGAUCGUGUUAAGCGAUCUGCUUUCGAGGUGGUCAAAUCAUGGCAAGGAAUAAUAAGGUCGUGCAUAUUGAAGCCCCGGAAAAACCCAGAUAUUUCAUAUUUUCAGUUCCCUCGCUCUUUAGUGAAAUUAAGUCUUGCUGGCAGCAAUCUAUUCAAUGAUGAUUUUCCCUUGGAUUUUAGUAACAUGCCCUUACUGGAGUACUUGGAUCUAAGUGCAAAUAACAUCUGCAGCCUGCCAGAGAGUGUUAGAGAUCUUACUGGGCUGCGGAAGCUUCUUGUAGAUUCAUGCAAAAGGCUAACUUCACUUACAGGGGUAUCAAAUGUUCGACUCGAGCGGUUGAGUGUGAAAGAAUGCCCAUCCCUACAAAAAGUGUCAUAUCAGUCGACGUUGUCUGGACCACUAACCAUUUUCUGUAGGGAUUGUGGAAAUUUAGUUGAAAUUGAGGGUCACUUCAAGUUCGAAUCUAUGAGCACGGCUGAUGUAGAGAACUUAAAGGCGUGGGGGUUCUCAUACGUAGAAGCUUUUGUUCCUUGGUACAUCAUGUCUGCAAGUGAUUAUGAAAGAGUGAAGUGGCUUUCUUCCCAGAAAUUGUUUGAAGGUGGUGUAUUCAGUUAUUUCCUUCCCGGGGAUGAGAUUCCAAGUGUGUUUAGCAUUAAGGCCAAUGGGUCCUCCCUAUCGUUUCUUGUUCCUUCACGUGCUCAUUACGAGAUCCAAGGCUUUGUUAUAUGCUGUAUAUAUACAACUUGGAAGAACACAUUAUCUGAUAUAGAUUUUCUUGCGCCAUUGACAACUAUGAUAGACAAUAAAACGAAGCAUGUUAAAUGCGAACAUUGCCCAGUGUCUAUUGGUAUUCCAAAAGCCAAUGAAAAUAUGAUAUGGAUAAGUCAUUGGAAUUCCAGGGAUCUGUUGGAUGGUGGUGAUGAGGUAGUGGUUUCAGUGAAUCCGAUGGAAUCUUAUGUUGGACUCACUCAAGAAGAGGGUAGAUGUAUUUUUGAAGUAAAAGAGGUUGGAGUUAUUUUUUUGUACGAGCGUCAAGGGGAGAUAGCAACUCAUGAAACCUUCGCUUACAAAGAUAUGGUUCCAGGAGAUUUGUCACUACAGGAAAUGCUGUACUCAAUUGGCGGGCGGAACGUGAGGAGACGGAAAAGGCACUCUUCUGGUGGUCCACAUACGUUAACUAGGGGAUUGUGAUUGAAUACUCAGUUCUACCAUUGUGUAUGACAGACUGUUGUCCUCUUGCCCCGAGGUGGAGAGCUUCGGUGGUUUUACAAC